GCCUUAAUGUGACGUCUAAUGGUGCUAAAGCCGUGUAGGACGCUAAUGUGAAACCAAACCAGUAACAAGGAUGGCUGAAGGCUUUCUGAUGGAGGUAUGUGUGGAUUCAGUUGAGUCAGCGAUAAAUGCAGAAAGAGGAGGUGCUGGUCGUAUUGAGUUGUGUUCCAGUUUACUAGAAGGAGGCAUCACACCCAGCGUUGGUCUUCUGCAGGUGGUCAAAGAAAACGUACAGAUCCCUGUGUAUGUGAUGAUCCGACUCCGUGGAGGAGAUUUCCUCUACAGCGAGCGGGAGGUGGAGGUCAUGAAAAGGGACAUAGAGCUAAUGAAAAGGCACAGGGCUGAUGGCCUGGUGUUGGGCGCACUGACGGAGGACGGGCGGGUGGAUGCUGAGCUCUGCAUGGAGCUGCUGGCGGCUUGUCGGCCUCUUCCAGUUACGUUUCACAGAGCUUUCGAUAUGGUCCAUGAUCCAUUGGUUGCUUUAGAAACUCUGGUGUCCCUGGGGUUUGAGAGGAUUUUGACCAGCGGCUGUGACUGCUCAGCGUUGGAGGGCUUACCCAUCAUUAAGCGCCUUGUUGAACAGGCUAAAGGCAGGAUUAUAAUAAUGCCAGGAGGAGGCAUCACUGAGCGCAAUCUUCAAAGAAUUCUCGAGGGAUCCGGUGCCCAGGAGUUUCACUGCUCAUCCCGCUCCACUAAAGACUCAGCCAUGAAAUUCAGGAACUCCAGCGUGUGCAUGGGUGCCUCACUAACUGCGUCUGAGUAUUCGCUGAAGGUAGCUGACGUGGGUAAAGUGCGCACUUUAAAUGCCAUUGCCAAGAACACUCUGUAGGUGCAAACCAAGGGACGUAUUUCUCAGGGGAGCAGGUCCCUUCUGAAUUGGAACAGUCCCUUUGCCCUGUGUGCUAAUGGGAUUUCAGAAGGUUCCAUUUUUGAUGUUUACAGAAGUCAUUCAUACAUUUUCUGUUUUUAUUCUCUAUAGCUGACAAUAACUGUUUCAAGUGCUGAAAACGUGACUGAAUAGCAACAAAUUUUUUUUUUUAUUAUUUAAAUCAAAAUGUUCUGAUUUACCAGGUUUGAAUGCUCACAAUCAGCUUGAAUAAUUGUGGCUUUUUGAACCCAUUAUAAGCGUUUGGCUGUUAGCGGACGUGUUCAAGUCUAAUUAUGUUCCAUUAUGAAAAGGUUUAAAUAAUUCUCCUGCUUACACUGUAAUUCUUCAAAUAAAUCAUGAUUGGAUUUGGCGAGUGCAGCCUCUUGAAUCGUAUCAUUUUAUUUAGUCUGCCAGAUUUAUUUUUAGUCAAAAUGAACACGUCAGUUGAGACCUGUUAUGUCUGCAUUGUGUUCUUGUGUGAUAUUUAAUGACAACGUGCUGUAUUGUGUUGACAAACUGAUUCAGCGUCUGAAAUCCCAUUUUAAAACUGUUAAUACAUGGUUCUUUUUUCAUUUCAGCUA